UACACAUCUUGAGUCAUCUCAUAAAGAAAGGACCAUUCCAACAUACCGUUUUGGAGAAAUACAACAAUAUUAUUUUUUAACAAUUGCAGUAAAAGGUAUUCAAUGGGAACUCUGAGGCACACGGUAUAAGAAAGAAGCUCUACUAACAAACUGGUUCGUUUAAUUGAGGAUCCAAGACAUCAUAACCGAAAAACAGUUCCUUUGUUGUGGAUACUGCUCUAAACUGGUCUGAUAUUGCACGUACAAGCCCGAACGCGGAACAGAUUUGGAAAAUCUUAUUCUGGGGGGAACUCAGUACAAUUAGAAGGAUUCAGAGAGUACCUAAACACGAGAAAAAACAUCAUGACGAGGCUCAGGAUGUUAUGGACUUUCUUGAUGAUUUUUGCACCAGCCAUCGCCCAAGUUGGGGCACAAAUAGAAGGCGACCUCCGACUGGUCGGCGGCUCCUCCGACAUUGAAGGCCGCCUGGAGAUCUACCACAACUACGUGUGGGGCACGAUAUGCGACGACUACUUCGACCUAGCUGACGCCGACGUUGCUUGCCGGCAACUCGGUUUCGCCAGCGCACUGGCGGUCAAGGAGAAGGCGUAUUUUGGCUCGGCGGAUUCGAGCACGGUGAUUUGGCUGGAUAACGUGGACUGUACGGGUAAAGAAUUGACGCUGACCAGCUGCUGGGACCGCGGUUGGGGCGUCGAUAACUGCGGUCAUAAUGAGGAUGUUGGAAUCAUAUGCUCGAUUUAUUCAGCGAGGGAGGGCGAUCUCCGUCUCGUUGACGGUGAAGAUCUGGACGAAGGUCGUGUGGAAAUCUAUCAUAACAGUGUCUGGGGUACAGUCUGUAACGAUUACUGGUCUUACGACGAGGCUCGUGUCGCAUGUCGUCAACUUGGCUACAAUGGUGUAUCAUACACUAAGACCAGUCAAUAUGGACCCGGUCAAGAUCCCAUCCAUCUUGAUGACGUCCAUUGUUACGGAUAUGAGGCGACACUCCUUGGAUGCUACAGGUUGGAUUGGGAUACCAACGACUGCGAUCACUACGAGGAUGUUGGCAUCAAAUGUGCACGCUCUAAUAACUCAAAUCUGGAGGGGUGGGCUAUCAGCCUCAUCGUUAUUGGUUCCCUUACUUUCGUCGGGUUAUUCGCAGUUAUUAUCGGUAAAGUAUGCUCGAAGCCGCGGUCAAAACGCAACGCAUCCUCAGCUGUUGUGACUUCCAACGAAACGACCCCCGUACAGACCUACCCGGUGCAGGUCGGUUCGGCGUACCCUCCACCAACCGCUUCGUACCCACCACAAGCAGCGUCAACUGCACCAAUGACCGCGCCUUACCCGCCGACCGCAAUGGCCUUCCAGGCGUACCCGCCGACAGUGACCGGCAUUGGUGGCGCCCCUCCUGCAUACACCCCAGUACCGACCGGAAACACGCCGCUACCUGGUGGUGCAGUAGCCGCAUACCCGCCCGCAGUGAAUACUACUGGAAGUGAGGCCUAAGGGUAGACAUCUGUGAAGGGCGGGGAUGGGUGAGGAUGGGGUAAGAGAUCGGAUGGGAUGGGAUGGGGGUUGGGAUGGGGGUUGGGGAUAGGG